CACUCUGCUGUCGCGCAAAUGCACAGGUGGCGUUUUUAAAUCACGUAUUAAUGUUCUUUUAUCGUUUUUAUUUGCUUGAAAACGUACUGAGUUACCAGUCAUGUUUGUGUCUUUAACUCGCAGUGUUUGCGGGGUUUUAUUCCGGCAGCCCGCUCUGUCCAGCAUUUUAGUGACAAAAAAUCACCAUGUUGGACACAAUCCUUGGUUUUCACCUGUGAUGACACUGAAGACAUCUGCAGCACUAAGAGCAGCGCCAGUGAAGAAGAAAAAAGUGGACCCCAAAAGGGAGCUGAUGGUCAGAGAGAGGCUAAAGAAGAAGCUGAGGAAGAUGGAGAAGGCAGUACCUGAAUUGAUCCCAAUUGAAGACUUCAUGACUUCAGUUAAAUGCUUGGAUGAAACAAGGGAACGCUCUGUACCAAGUCUGUCAUUUGAGGAGAGCGAGAGUCGAGCUCAGCUACUGAAGGAGUGGUCCCGAUACAAACAGGAACAGCACGAGGCUGAAAUGGAGGCAAUUCAACUUGCCCUUGAAGCACAGAAGGAGGCGCUGAAGGAGCUGAGGGAGGAGUCUGAGGAGCUGUACCAGGCAGCAUUAAAACCAGACCCCCUGCUCUUUUGUUUCACUCACAAAGGUCCAACCUACACACCAGUAAAAGCCAAGUAUGAAGCACCGGAAGGGAAAUACAAUGACGUCACUAAAGUCUACACUCAGUGAUGGAAAAGAAAAUCAUGUGCCAACUGACUCAGUUGAACAUGACAAGAGAUAUGAAUUUAGGAAUAUACACAGGUGAAAGACACUUCUCUGCAAAGAUUUCAUGUGUUAAGAGGUUGAGGAUUAAAUUUUUUUUUUCCUCCAGAGACAAAUUGAUGUAAAAUAGUCACACAUCAAAUCAAAUUCAGGGUAAAUGGAUUGCACAUAUACCUGCUUAUUGCAAUUAAGGGUCACAGGGGGCUGGAGCCUAUCCCAGGCUUUGUCAUUGGGUGAGAGGUGCGGUGCACCCUGGACAGGUCCACCAGUCCACCUCAGGGCCUGGACUGCAUUUCUAUAGUGCUUUUCAAUUAUGCCUGACAUUCACACACCAAAGUCAGAGAGACAUCCAAAUGAAUACUGGAAGCAAAACCCCAAACUGAGCUCUGCCUCCCCUUAUGCAGGCAUAAUGUACCAUUUUACAUAAAAUAUUUUUCUUGUGAAUAUGUACAUCUGCACAAAUUUGCAGGUAUGAUCUAUUUUUUUGGGGGGGGGGGGGGGGUGCGCAUGUCAAAAAUAGCAUCUGGUGUAAAUAAAGUAACAUUUGCCUAUGAA